AUGACCUAUACAUUCACCUGUUGCGAUGAUGGCUCUGGGAAUACCAUAGGUACUAUUGUCAGAUUUGAUAAUGUAACCAUUUUAAUCGAUCCCGGUUGGUUUAGUUCGAAGGUUAGUUAUGAAGAUUCUGUUAAGUAUUGGUCCAAUUUGAUACCAGAGGUGAAUAUUAUACUAUUAUCACAGUCUUCUGUUGACUGCCUGGGGGCCUAUACCAUGCUCUAUCACAAUUUCUUACCUCAUUUUAUUUCAAGAAUUCAAGUUUAUGCAACGUUACCGGUGACGAAUCUUGGUAGAGUCUCUACAUUCGAUCUGUAUGCAUCCAGAGGGCUAGUGGGGCCCUAUGACACUAACCAAAUUGAUGUGGAUGAUGUCGAGAGGGCGUUCGAGCAUAUAGAGUCUCUGAAGUACUCACAACUGGUAGAUCUGCGAUCAAAAUUUGAUGGAUUGACCCUGGUGGCAUAUAACUCUGGUGUUUCUCCUGGUGGAUCUAUAUGGUGCAUAUCUACUUACUUGGAGAAACUGAUAUAUGCUCGUCGCUGGAACCAUACCAGAGAUACAAUUUUAAACGGUGCAUCUUUGCUAGAUGGAUCAGGUAAACCAAUUUCCACACUUUUAAGACCAUCAGCUAUUAUUACAACCUUUGAGAAAUUUGGAUCUCCAAAACCUCAUGCUAGGAGAAUGAGAUGUUUUAAAGAUUCUAUGAAACAGGCAUUGACAUCUAACGGUUCUAUUUUGAUUCCUGUUGAAAUGGGUGGAAACUUUCUAGAUAUUUUGGUUUCUGUACACGAUUUCCUAUAUGAGAAUUCCAAGAACAAAUUAUACAGUCAGGUCCCCGUAAUCCUAGUGUCUUACUCUAGAGGUAGAGCCCUUACUUAUGCCAAAUCCAUGCUCGAAUGGUUAUCGUCCUCUGCAAUAAAAACUUGGGAAUCUAGAGACAACAGAACACCUUUUGAUUUAGGUCGUCGAUUCCAUGUAGCAACACCAGAGGAGUUAACCAAUUACUCAGGUUCCAAAAUUUGCUUUGUAUCUCAGGUGGACUCUCUUGUAGACGAAGUUAUCAAACAUCUAUGUCAAUUGGAGAGAGCGACUAUUCUUUUACCAGGGUUCACUCAAGGUUACCCAUCUGCACUCGCUACCAUGUACAAGAAAUGGGAACAGGCUUCCAAGCAACAGAAUUUAGAAGAGGGAAAACCAGUUUCAUAUUCUGGUCACAUAACUUUAAAAAACAUUAAAUUAGACCCAUUGGUGAAUAAAGAGUUGGAACAUUACCUGGAACAAGUCACUGAACGUAGGGAUAGCAGACAAGAAUUAACCGCUACACUGAUACGCGAAGCCAAGAAGACAAAUUCCAUUGAAACUUUUGCAGGUGGGGCAGCUAAUGGUCAACCAGGAGCCCUUGGCCUUGGCGGCAUAGGUGAAGGUGAUUUUGACGAUGAGGAAGAAGAGGACAAUUUGAUUGGUAUGUUGAGAGAUGGAACUACGGCGCCAACGGGGAAGCAAGCUGUAGAGAUUCCUACAGAUAUUUACAUUCAAGAAGGUACACCUGCCAAGCACAGGAUGUUCCCCUUCCAACCACCAAGGAUUAAAAGAGACGAUUACGGUAGCAUUAUAGAUUUUAGCAUGCUCAUUCCCAGCGAUGACGACAGCAGUAAAACAAAGAGACCUUCGUCGGAGGAAAUAGAAGAAGAGAAAGACCCUUACGAUUUGAUGGACCCACGCAGAGUUAGUGUAAAGAGAUCUCGUAAGGAUGAUACUAAGAACAACCCUUCCAAAAAUGAUGAGAAUUGGGACAGUAUAGAAUAUUUGGAUGCCGUGAAAAAUCCCGUUAAGCGUACGGAAUCAUCCUCUAAGGUGAAUGUGAAAUGUAUGGUUACUUUCAUCAAUUUGGACAGUUUAGUAGAUCAGAGAUCUGCGACUGUGAUUUGGCCAGCACUAAAGCCCAAGAAAAUUUUACUAUUAGGACCAGCAGAGGCUCAAAUAGAGUCAGCCAUGCUGACCCUGCGUAAAAGAGACAUUGAAUUGACUGCCAUGCCAUUGAAUAAGGACAUCCAAUUCGAUACGACGAUUAAAUCUCUAGACAUAUCAGUUGAUCCCGAAUUAGAUCAACUUCUCAAGUGGCAAAGCAUUAGUGAUGGGUACACAGUGGCUCAUGUUAUCGGUAAAUUGGUUAAGGAAAAACCCCAGGCGGGCAAGUCUCAGCAGCAGGCUCAAGAACAGAAACAACAGUUGCACAGGACCAGAUUGGUGUUAGAGCCACUAAAGACAACAUCGAGACAUCAUCAUAAAAGUGGAUCUUUGUCCAUCGGAGAUGUAAGACUGGCCGAACUAAAGAGAGUCCUGACAGCACAACGUCAUAGAGCAGAAUUUAAAGGUGAAGGUACCUUGGUGGUAGAUGGACAAGUAGCAGUGCGCAAGAUCAACGAUGGUGAGACAGUUGUGGACGGUGCACCAUCAGAACUAUUUUACCUAGUGAGAAAAUCAAUCACAGAUAUGCUGGCAAAAAUAUAA